AUGGCUAAUGGGACAAUUGUACUUAAUAGAACUCGGGUUAGCGAUAUGAGUGACAUUAAAAACAUUACUAUGUAUUUAACUAGCUACAGAAACACUAUUUUCAGAGAUAUAAGUUUCUAUGUUUACGGAAUCGUUCUCAAACUUAUUCCAUGUAUCCUUCUAGUGCUGUUAUCUACACUUUUAGUGAUAGAACUUUUCAAAGCUAAACAACGAAGGAAACUUUUGCAUGCUCACAGCAAUGAAACAAAAUUGUUAAAGAAGAAAACAAAUCAGAAGCACGUGGAUAAGGAGAAACAGUUCAACAGAACGACGAAAAUGUUGUUAGCAGUUUUGCUACUGUUUUUGAUGGCUGAAUUUCCACAAGCUAUGAUGGGAUUGUUGCUUCAUAUAUUGGGAGAGAAGUUUAGCGAGGAAUGUUAUGGACCUUUGGAUAAACAUGUCAAUAAAAAGUACGUACUAGAAUUAGUAGCAAGAUUUAGAGAAACUGGAAGUGUUCUUGGAAAGAAGCAUGUCCGACCUGCUGUAGUUAACAAUGAAGUUAUGCAAGUAGCAGUUCUGGGUCAACUCCAUGCCAGACCAGGAAUGAGUGUCAGACAAUUGGCAUCAGCCACAGGACUAAGUAAAAGAGUGUUCACAGAAUUUUAA